AUGAGUAGUAAUGCCUCAGAACAUAUUCAAUCACAAGAACUUAGGAAUGUAACAAAAAUACCUCAGUUUAUUAUUCUUCUAUGGACAUGGCCAAGCAAAUACAGUUUUCCACUAAACAAGUGUCCAUCCGAAAUCGAUAUUUCUGAUUGCCUAUAUACAAGUGACCGGAACAUGUAUUCAUCUGCUAACGCUAUCAUCAUUCCUCAUAGAGGUGUAUGUUCAAAUAAAAGUCUAUUACCACAGAUUCCAAGACCACCAAAUCAGUUCUGGAUUUGGUCCAACAUGGAGUCACCAUCUAACAGUCCAAACCUAGUAUUUUUUGAUAACCUUAUCAAUCUUACUAUGUCUUACAGGGCUGAUUCAGAUAUUCAUACUCCUUAUGGUUGGCUUGUCACAAAAAAAGAAAGUAAAAAGUACAUAAUUCCAAAAAAGAGCAAGCUGGUGGCUUGGAUGGUUAGUAGUUUUAAAAAAAAAUCUACAAGAGUAAAAUAUUAUGAAGAUCUAAAAAAUUAUUUAAAUAUUGAUGUUUUUGGAAAAUACCACACACAACUAUCAAGAACUGACUAUAUGAAAAACAUAUCCACUUACAAAUUCUACCUGGCAUUUGAAAAUUCAAUACACGAAGAUUACAUCACAGAGAAAUUUUGGAAUAAUGCAUUUGUUUCGGGUGCUGUGCCAAUAGUCCUGGGUCCUCCCAGGAAAAAUUAUGAACGAUUUGCCCCUCCAGAAUCAUUUAUUCAUGUAGAUGAUUUCAACACUACAAAAGAACUGGCUUCAUAUAUCCUUGACUUGGACAAAGAUGAUAAGAAAUAUCAACAAUAUUUUGCAUGGAAGUCUAAAUAUGAGGUAUCUCACCGAGGAUCUUUUAUGAUAGAGUACUGUAAGGUGUGCCGAGGGCUGAAAUUGGCCCCUGGUUAUAGAACAGUAAGUAUUGCAGAAUGGUUCAAAUAG